AUGGGCAGAGACCUCCCCAACGAUCUCCUCCAUGUGCUCUUUGUUAAGGUCGGAGGCUUGGUCCACCGCGUCCGCUUCGCCGCGGUAUGCAGGUCAUGGCGAGCCGCCGCGAUCAUGGCGAGGCACGCCGCGCUGCCCACCCUGCCGUGGCUCAUCUUCGACAACGACCGGGACGACAAGUGCAACAUGCGGAGGGUAUACUGCCCCGAGGACGACGGAUUCCUACGCUUCCCGCUGCCCAAGGCGCUCUUCGGCAAGAGCUUUGCGGGAACGCACGACGGCGGCUGGGUCGCUGCGCUUGGCGAUGACAAACAUCUUGCGAUCGUGAACCUCUUCUCCGGCGCCGAGGUGCCUCUCCACGCAAAGGACAUGACGUCAUUCUACGCGUACAAGAAGGUUAUAUUCUCGGAGUCCCCCACCUCAAGCCGCUGCAUCCUCGCCACCAUCACCACCCGAGAUAGCAUCGCCCUCUGCAGGAUUGGGUGUCCGGUCAAAAGAUGGACGGCAAAAAUAUUUAAUGGGCCGAGGCUUAUCGACAUUGUAUUCUACAAUGGAAAACUUUAUGCCCUCACGGACUUGAAGGACCUGGUCAAAUUCAAAAUAGGUGUAAACAAAGACAGUCGGCCGGUGGUAACUGUCGAGCUGCAUAUGCAAAUUGGUGGCCGACCUUUCAAGUGGGCAACUAACAUUGUUGAGCUGCACGGCAAGCUGGCUAUGGUGGCGAAACAUUGUUUUUAUGACAACACCUACCGCAAGCACUUCUUCUUCCAUAUUUUUGUGCUUGUUGACGAAUCGACGAAAGAGAACACUCCCAAGUGGGAGGAGGUAACAACCUUGGGUGAUUGCGCCUUGUUUUUUGGGAGAAUGUGGACCAAGGCUUUGUGUGUGCCCGCGGCUGGGUGCGGUGGGGUGAAAAGAAGUGCCAUCUACGCCGACGAUGUGACGUACUUGACGAGUUUUGACGGCCAUGGUGAUUGUGUAUUUCCUAUGGGAAACGGAAGCAGUGAACACGCCACCAAAUUUGUAGGACCUUAUACAUGUUGUCACGUUCCAUGUGGCAUGUGGGUUCUCCCUCCUGAUUUCUAG